UAUAUAUAUACAACUACCCUAGUUAGCAGACAUAUUAAACUUCAAUGUAAUCAUAAUAAUAAAGGGAUUUUUUUUUCUAUUAUUCAAUGCAGGAAUCAAUCACUAUGUGGAGGUGACUCAAUUCAUUAUGACUGGUUUGACAGCUAUCAUUUUAAAGUUGAGUCAGUUACAGUUUACGGAAAUAGAUUUUAUUCUUCCGGAUUUCCUUUCUUCUUCUUUUUCUUCUUCUUUCUUUCCUUUGUCUUUUCCCUCUUUUUUUUUUUUUUUUUUUGUUACACAGUCAGUUCGUCUCCUUUUCUUUUCUUGGUGUUUUGUAUUCAAUGUCACGAAAUGAUAACACUUGGUUCAUUGGUCUUAAACUAUUAUCUGUCUUCAGUAUCGGUUGUAUAGGUUCCUCCAUGCUCUAUUUGCCUACCUUUUAUAAAAAUGUUCUCAAUUUAAGUACUGACAAGAUUGGAUUUCUUUACUCUAUCACACCUUUUGUAUCAUGUUUAUCAUUUCCUUUUUGGACCUCUUAUUUGGAUCGUACUCAAGCUUACAAGACUGUCAUGAUUACGAACAUGGCUGUGUCCACUGUUUCAGUUUUGUUUAUAGCAAUUGUACCAUAUUUGACCAAUGAAAUGGGUAUGACGAUGAUGUUGGUGACACUAGGAUGCUUUGGAUUUAGUUGGUUUGGAUAUCCAGUGAUUGCUGCUAUGGUUGAUUCUGUGACCUUCCUUGUUCUUGGUGAUUAUAAAGAACUAUAUGGACAACAAAAGACCGGAUGCCCUGUCGGUUAUGGAUUAUCUGUUUUUCUGACGGGAUUAUUGAUGGAAUCUAUUGGUCCUUAUGCUAUGUUUCCUGUCUAUACCUUCUUUUCUUUAUCGUUUAUCAUUACUGUGGCACUGUUGGAUUUUACUCCUCGAAAGAAAUCACCUUGUUUAUAUGAUGAUAUUGAUUCCUCAUCACCAACAUUACUGACAUCGACAACACAAAUCAACAAUACUCCCAAGAAUAGCAGUAUCAGUAGUAGUGAUAGUAGUACUAAUGGUUAUGGAUCAGUAGAUACAAUCAACAACGAUAUGGAUGUUGAUAUAGAGGACGAUGAUGAUGAUGAUGAAGUGGACAGAAAACAACAAACCUUAUCAUCAGUAUCGAUGUGGAGUUUAUUGGCCAAUCCCGAGUCCUGUCUCUUCUUUUUGGUGACCAUCUUGAUGGGAUUUUCAAUUGCAGUAAUUCAAGCCUUUUUGUUUUUAUUUAUGCGGAACGACUUGCACGCUUCACCUUCUAUGAUUGGAUUACUGGGACCUUUGGGUAGUAGUACAGAAAUUGUUUGCUUUUACUUCUCAAAACAGAUCUUCACUCGUAUUGGUCCAAAUCGAAUGUUGAUGGUGGCACAAUGGAUCACUAUUUUUCGUUGUUUUAUUUAUAUUUUGACUAUGGGACUUGAAAACCAAGGUGCUUGGGUAGCUACAAUUACUCAAUUAUUACAUGGUAUUGGAUUCUCUAUGAUGUGGAGCGCAGCAGCAUUACAAGCUGAAAGGAUUGCACCUGAUCAUUUGAAAAAUAGUGCUCAAGGAUUAUUGAAUAUGUGCUUUAAUGGUAUUGGAGGCGGUCUUGGAGCUAUUUGUGGUGGACUGAUCUAUGAUACUCUUGGAGCAAAGAUUAUGUGGUUAUCAGUUAUUUGUCUUAUGUUAUUUAGUUUUUUUAUUUAUACUUCAUCUUGGGUCAAAAGAACUUUUUUACUUACAAAUUCUAGUUUUAGACGUUUUUGAAUAAAAUCUUUUUUUUUUUUUUACUCUUCCCUU